GGAAGCGGAAGUCUCGUUGUUUCAUCGUGAUCUCGUUGUGUCGGCGGGACGCUCGGCUCGUUAGCUUCAUUUAGCUUCAUUUAUCUUUACUUUUUGUCCAAACGGCGGAGCAUCAGACCAAUGGGAGACAGCGAUGAUGAGUUCGACAGGAGGAGGCGGGACAAGUUCAGGAGAGAGAGGAGCGACAUGGAGCGGUCAAGAGAGAGAGAGGAGAGGAGGAGGGACGACUGGACAGACAGAGAGUGGGAUCGCAGCCGUGAGAGGAGGCGGGAUUACGACCGUGGACGCAGAGACAGGUUUUCUCCUCCCAGACACAUCAGUCCACAACACAAACGCAUGAGGAGAGACUGGGACGACCACCGGGGGGAGCCGUACCGCUACGACCUGCCAUACGGAGGAGGAGGAGCAGGGGGCGGGCCCUUUCCAGGGGCGGGGCCUCAGGGCUGGCACCCGGACCUCCCACAUCUUCACCCUCAUCACACUGGACACCCCCUGCAGGGCAGACUGGGACUGGUUGAUCCUGAUCUGCCUCCACCUGGACCUCCAACCAUGAGGAGUUUUAAGGAGUUCCUGUUGAACAUGGAGGACAGCGUGGAUGAGACGGAGGCGGUCAAACGCUAUAAUCAGUACAAACUGGACUUCCGACGGCAGCAGCUGCAGGAUUUCUUCCUCCAACAUAAGGACCAGGAGUGGUUCCGCUCCAAGUACCACCCUGAUGACAUCACAGCCCGGAAGGCGGAGUCACUGGCUGCACUAAAAACACGACUGAGCGUCUUCCUCUUCCUGCUCGACAACAACUGGUUGGACAACAUGUCUCUGGACAUGGACCACGCCCCGGCCAUCAUCAAACUGCUGGACGCAGCGGUGAUAAAGAUGGAGGGCGGCACUGACUUCGACCUGCAGGUCCUCGAGGUCCCGACCGCUCUCACGGCCGGUGGAGGGGAGGGGGUGGGGCCUGUGGGAGGAGCUUCCGGAGGGGAGAGAUGUCAGGCGGACGCCGGCGGAGGGGGUGUGGCCUCUGAGGCAUCGGUCAGCCGAGCAGAGGAGGCGAGCGGUGCAGAAUCGUCCGAGGCUAAAGACACAGAGGACGGCGAGGACGAGGACGCCAAGCAGAACGGGAAGAAGGAGAAAGACGACGAAGAGGAGGAGAAGAAAGAUGAGGAGGAGGAGGAAGAGGAGAAGACGACCAAGAAAGGCAGGAAGAGGAAGCGCAGCGUGUCAGCUGACAGCGGAGAGGGCAGCGCCUCCGACUCUGACUCCUCCCACUCAGACGGAGAGAAGGAGGAGGACGAGGAGAAGGAGGAGGACGAGGACGAGAGACGGAAGGAGAGAGGGAAGGACAGGGAGGAGCCUCCAGCCAAGCCACGCCCCCUGCACCUGACCACGUCCCUGUUCAUCAGAAGCAUCCCACCUGAGGUGUCCAAGGAAGAGAUCACUGCUUUGUGUCGCAGAUUCCCAGGUUUCCUGCGGGUGGCGCUGUCUGACCCUCAGCCUGAGCGCAGGUUCUUCCGGAGGUGCUGGGUGACCUUUGACCGCGGCGUCAACAUAAAGGAGACGUGUUGGAACCUGCAGAACAUCAGGCUCAGGGACUGUGAACUGUCUCCGGUGGUGAACAGAGACCUGUGCCGCCGCGUCCGCAGCGUCAACGGACUGACCCACCACCGACCGGUGGUCCGGAACGACAUCCGACUGUCGGCAAGACUGGUCCACAGUCUGGACCAGAGGGGCGAGCUGUGGGCGGGGCAGAUGGAGACCAACCCGGUCUUGAAGAACAUCACUGACUACCUGAUCGAGGAGGUCAGCGCUGAGGAGGAGGAGCUAACGGGUGUCGCCGGGGGCGACAGUGACACUAAAGACCCCGCCUCCUCAUCUGAAGUUUCCGUGGAGACUGAUGACAAGCUGCUGAAGGUGCUGGACCGUCUGCUGCUCUACCUGCGUCUGGUCCACUCAGUGGAUUAUUAUAACUUUUGUGAAUAUCCUGCUGAGGAUGAGAUGCCUCACCGCUGUGGACUGAUCCACGUACGAGGACCCCUACCUGUGGCCAAGAUCACUGCAGCUGAGGUGAGUGAACAUCAGAGGAUGUGUGAGGAGCGAUUGGCUCCUCUUCUGUCGCCGUCAGAAACGCUGAAUGACGAGGACGCUGCACGACUGGGAAAGAAAGACCCUGAGCAAGAGGUGGAGAAGUUCCUGUCCUCCAACACUCAGGAGCUCAGUAAAGACAAAUGGCUUUGUCCUCUGAGCGGCAAGAAGUUCAAGGCUCCAGAGUUUGUGCGUAAACACAUCCUGAACAAACAUGCAGAGAAAGUGUCCGCUGUCAGACAGGAAGUCCAGUUCUUUAAUAACUUCCUGCUGGACUCCAAAAGACCCGCCCUACCUGAGAACAAGCCCCUCCCCCCACCGGCACAAGCUCCUCCCACUGGGAUGCAGGGGUUUCCUGGUCAGGCGCCUCAGCAGCAAAGCCUUCUGGGAUAUCCACCAGGAGUCCGACCGCCCAUGCCUGGUUUCCCUGGAGGCGGUCCUCCGUACCCCCCCGGUCAGUUUGGGGCAGGUCGUGGUAACUAUGACAACUUCAGAGGUCACUUAGGAGGAGGGGCCGGUUUCCCUGGAAACAAACAGAGGAACAGCAGAGGCGUCAGAGGAGACCCCCGCUCCAUCAUCGAGUACAGAGACCUGGACGCUCCAGAUGACCUGGAAUUCUUUUGAAUUUUUUUUUAAAACUUUUUUAUUCCUAUAUUUCCCAUGAUUCUUUUCUUUGUGUUUGGACAUAGAACAGAAGGUGUGUGUGUGUGUGUGUGUGUGUGUGUUCAGGACCAACCAGUCUGUUGUCGAUCUGAUCUGUUUCACUUUUCAAUAAACCUGAGGUGGAGA